GGAACGCAGUCCCCGCAUAUGUCCCGCUCUGCAAGACCGGUCGUUGUGCUUCGCCGUUCUUACGCGUCUCACUCUUCCUCCUUUUUCCUCCUUUGUGCAAGUUCAACAAUAUGGUAGGAGGAGGAGCCGACGCGGGUAUCAACCCCUAUGCUGCAAACCUGCGCCAGUCUAUGCAGGGCCGCUCAGGAUGGGCAGGCCUCGUGCACAACCGUAGAGUAUUCGCCAUCACGGUGUUUGCUUCUCUUGGUGGUCUCCUGUACGGCUACAAUCAGGGCGUUUUCUCUGGUGUGCUCGGCAUGAAUUCAUUCGACACCCGAAUGGCCUCCGCAGUCGACAAUCCGGGCUUGAAGGGAUGGCUCGUUGCCAUUCUUGAGCUUGGCGCAUGGUUUGGUGUGCUAUGCACCGGGUACCUCGCCGACAAGCUCUCUCGUAAAUACGCGAUUCUAUUUGCUGUGGUCAUCUUCUGCAUCGGUGUCAUCGUCCAAACAACCGCCUACCACCCUUCGUCAAUUCUUGGCGGGCGUUUCAUCACAGGUUGGGGCGUCGGCUCAAUGAGCAUGUCCGUCCCGCUUUACAACGCUGAGCUCGCCCCACCCGAAGUUCGCGGCAGUCUCGUCGCGCUCCAGCAGCUCGCGAUCACGUUCGGCAUCAUGGUCUCUUUCUGGAUUGACUACGGCACAAACUACAUCGGCGGCACGGGUGACUCCCAGAGCGAAGCAGCUUGGCGGCUUCCGCUUGCGCUGCAGCUCGUCCCUGCUCUGGUCCUCGGCGCCGGUAUUAUGUUUAUGCCAUUCUCCCCCAGAUGGCUCGUGAAUCAAGGGCGCGACGACGAGGCUAUCGUCGUUCUCUCCCGAGCGCGUCGUCUGCCCAUCGAGUCGGAUCUUGUGCAGAUCGAGUUCUUGGAGAUCCGCGCGCAGUAUCUCUUCGAGAAGGAGACGAACGCGGCCAAGUACCCGCAGUUCCAGGACGGGUCGUUCAAGUCAAACUUCAAGCUUGGGCUGCACGACUAUAUGAGCCUUAUCACCACCAAAACCCUCUUCAAGCGUCUCUCCAUCGGCGCGCUGACCAUGUUUUUCCAGCAAUGGACAGGCGUGAAUGCGAUCCUCUACUAUGCACCAACGAUCUUCAAGUCCCUCGGGCUUGUCGGAAACACAAACAGCCUCCUUGCCACUGGUGUUGUCGGAAUUGUGAUGUUCCUCGCGACGAUUCCGGCCGUCAUCUGGGUGGAUAAGGUUGGCCGCAAGCCCGUGAUGGUCUCUGGCGCUCUCAUCAUGGCCGCAUGUCACAUCAUCAUUGCGAUCUUGACGGCACUGUACCAGAGCGACUGGACCGCGCACUCGAGCGCAGGCUGGGCCGCGUGCGCGCUCGUCUGGGUCUUCUCCAUGGCGUUCGGAUACUCGUGGGGCCCGUGCUCGUGGAUCGUCGUCGCCGAGAUCUGGCCGCUCAGUGUGCGCGGCAAGGGCAUCUCCAUCGCCGCGUCGUCAAACUGGAUGAACAACUUCAUCGUCGGCCAAGUGACGCCCACCAUGAUGUCCAAGAUCACGUACGGCACGUUUAUCUUCUUCGGCGCCUUCUCCUUCAUGGGCGCCCUGUUCUUCGCGUUCUUCGUCCCCGAGACGAAGGGCCUCACGCUCGAGGAGAUGGAUCAGGUGUUCGGGGACAGCGAGGGACUCGCUAUAGCCGACCGCGAGCGCCAGGCUGCCAUCUCUGAGCGCAUCGGCCUCGCCGCGUACGGCCGCACCGGCGACGACAGGGUCGAGAAGGGCAGCAGCCAGCACGAGCAGUACGAGGAUCGGCUGCCGGAGAAGGAGUAGGUUACUGUCCUGGACUGUCCUUUAGUAUCUUGACACUCUUUGUAUUCAUUACCGCCUAUUUGGCGACGUUUAUCUUGGGAUUUUUUAUGAGACUUUUCGCUUAC